AUGGCAUCAACAGAAGAUGAUUCAACGUACAUACCCAUACCACAUUAUCCACCAUUUAAGUUGAGAUCUUCGCUUAUAGACAAGGAUCCUGUAAUAUGGGUACAUUUAUUGGAGGCAUAUAUUCAAUUAUUUAAGUACUUACUAAAUCCAGACAGUCAUUCCCAAAAGUUGUCGGUGAAGUCUCAGCAACAAUUGCAAUUGUUUUUGAAAAUAUUUCUCUUCGAGACCUCGGAAGAAACAACAAAGAUUUUCUCUUUAGGAGCCAUCAACCCUGAUAUCAAAACUAAUACGGCCAUAUUACGAACAUGCGUUUUCCAACUUAUUAAAAAUUAUAGCUUCGUGAAGUUGUCAUUACCAGGUGAAGCAAUUUGGAAUUUCAUUACCAUAUAUGUAAAGGAUAAUAGUACGAUUGUUCGUGGAUUAGUUGAUGGUACAUAUAAAUCAAAGUUCAACGAUAAUAAGAAAUCUGGUAAUAUUAGUUGUAUUGGUCAAGUACAUAAGCACUUAGAAAGCUUAAUUAGUAAUGGAAAAAUCCAAGAUCAAGAAUUAAAUACCUUAUCCUUCUUAUUAGGCCAGCACGCAAGCUCGGCUACUAAGUUGAAGACAUACACAGUUACUGGAUCUUCGUCAAAUAACAGUAGAAAUAUUAAUAAAAAGCUGACAAGUUCCUUACCAUUUGCCGAGGGUUUUGUAAACGCUGAAUGGAUAGAGAUGUUGGAAAGAUUAUAUGUUAACGGAAAGAGUGUGCAUGCUGAACUGAUCAAGGAAAUAAUGAUUAUUUCAUUAAUAUCGUUAUCGACAGCCAAAUUGGCCAAAUUGGCCAUAGAUUUAGGUGUAAAUAAUACCGAUUCAUUAGUUUUAUACCCAUUAUUCAGUACCAUUAUCAUUUCAGAUGCAUACAAGGAGUUGGUACCAGGGUUGGAGGAAAGAUUGACAUUCUUAAGAAACGUUUCAUUCCAAGAUAGUUCAGCAAUAAAGAGAGAUAUACCUAUCAAGGAAGAAAAUAUCGAACUAUUAGGUGACUUAAUACCGCAACUUACAAGGGGACAAGCAAUCACAAUCUUGAAGGAAAAUAAUGACGAUGUAGAACAGGUCACAAAUAUAUUAUUCGAAAAUCCAGACUUAAUUCCCAGUAUUAAGGAAUACGAAGACCAUAACAAACCAAGCAAACCUAAGUCUAAGAAGACAGAAUUUAAACAACCUGAGGGUCAAAAUGUGCCAAUAGCAAAGAGAUCAGUAUAUGAUGGUGAUAAAAUUUCCAAUUUAGAUUUUUCAGAGGGCAGUGUUAUAUAUGGCAAAAAGGGACAGCGACAGAACAACGAACCAACUACUGAAACCAUGAAAAAUAAGACACUCAGCGCUGCAUUGAGGUUGAUGUAUGAAAGUGAUGAAGAUGAGCCUGAUGAUACAUACGAAGAGCAGGAGAAGACAAGCGGAGUAGCAGCCGACGAGAAGAACAAAACUGCCAAGAGUAAGAGCCAUAAAAAUAGAUUGACAGUAUUUGAUGAAGAAGAUGUAUCAGGAACUGAUAAUGAAGCAUCUACGACACCAGAGAGAAGUGUUUCUAGUAGUCCAAUGCCCGCGUCUGUGGAUGCCAUAGAAAAGUAUCUCUUCUCAAUAUUUAAAACGAAGGGUGCUGAAAAAUUUGACAAGAAGGAUAGAAAAUCUUCCGAUAGACAAAACAUUAAAAAGUCCACUAAUUGGUCUGAUGAACAAAUUGAAGGAUGGUUAAGAAUGUUAUUAAAAUCCCCUAGAAGGUUUAAGCUUCUUGAAGAGGACUACCUUUAUGGAGGCAAUCCAAAUAGGCCUGUUAGAAGAAACAAUGGCGGAGGACAAGAUAUGGGGUCUAGCGAUUUGGAGAAUAAGCCAAAUAAACCCAAGUCAAAAGACCAAGUUAAACGGUCAUUUGCGAGAAAUGAGAAGAAUAAGGCAAGCAAAGCCAACCACAACAGAAAGAGCGGCCAUAGCAAGAAAACUAACCGUGAAUUAGCGGGAAUGCAGUAG